ACCUCAUAGGGAGUUAGGCUUUUCAAAAAUGUGACUAACCUAUGCCUGAAAGGAAUAAUUAUUUCUCUAUUAUGUGCCUUGAUGGAAGUGUUUUUCCAGUUGCUUGGGGCAGAUCAUUUAAAGUAAACAGGGAAACGAAGGACUUGUCAAAAAAACAAUAAAUAAAUAAAUAAAUAAAACAUGUUAGGGCGACACCUUGGCUCCCAAGGCGCAGGCAGAAAGUCUGAGGGUAAAUGAGGGGGUUUUUGCUUCUCCUGUUUUUAAGUUGGACUUUUAAAGCCGAACCCGCCUUUAAUGUGCUGGUUUGCAGAACAGGAAACCUGAUUUUUCGGCGCGAUAACACAUUCUUUGACAUUAACCCGUACAGUUGGAUUUUUAAUGACACUUUCAUCUUCAAAGCCCUUCACCAUCACGGGCGGAUUAAUUAUUCGUUGUUUUUCUUUUUUCUUUUUGGUUGUGUGUUAAAAAGUCUUCAAAGCCUUCAUCCUUUCCUCCUUGGAAUUGGGGCUCUUCACCUUUCAAAUGUUGCUUUCCUGCCCCCAAGGGGGACAAUAAAUUGCCUCUCUCUCUUUUUCUCUCUCUUUUUUAAGACAAAGAGAAUACAAUAGAAAUAUACUCUUUACACUGUGGAAAGCUGAUGUCCUUAUAUCCUGGGUGGGAUUAGAAGAGGUCGGAAAGCAGUGUUUAAACCGUGUUUACAGUAAGCACUGUGAGAUGUAACUCUGGCGAAGCGUGUUUGUUACCGCUCGGGCUUUUGAUGUGCCUCCUGAGAAGUACCAGCUACACAGAGCGCCCUGCGCUCGCCAGCCUGGAGCCUCAUAGGUUAGUGUUGCUCAAGUAUUAUUUCCAUGCCUGUCUCCUUCAAACAGCGUCUCAUUGGGUCUCUUAAUAAAGACUUGGUUUUGGAGAAGAAAACCCUCAAGCCUUCCCACCCCCACGGGGUCCUCCUGGAUCUGACACAUUUUAUAACCACCAGGGAGCAGUCUUCCUUUGGAUGAGGUCUUCUCUCCACCUCCCCCCAAAAUGAAAGAGCAAGUGCAAGUUUGCAAACAGCCUUGAAAGCCCUUUCCAUUCGCCCUGGACGCCGCCGGAAACCACAAAGGGCAGCUCACGUUUUGAUUUUCCAGGAGAGAGCCUCCGGUGGAGCCUCGCCCCGCCGCCAGGAGGCCUGUUUGGUUCCUGGGAGGAGCCCUCGCGAAUCCUCGAGGAUUCCCCGGCCCUUGAAGACCCAGCUCAGCGGAUUACAGUAAUUGCCAACCUCGGGAGGCUCCGGGAGAUUUACUCUGUUUGCUGUGCGCUCACAUUUCCAGGCUGGGCGAGCGAGCAGAGGAACCCCUUUUGUUACCUUUUUGAAAGAAGAAGAUCAGAGAGGAAGACGAGGUUUGAAGUGUGGAUUAGGGAGGGUCCUAAAUCUCCGCCUGGCACCUCCGUCUGGGACUUUAUAAAGAGACUGAGGGGUGCCCUGGCUUGACGGGAUCAUGCAAAGUUUCCCUGGAACGGAGCUUGGGGACUCAGACGCUUCCCCCCAAACAGAGCUUCUGCGCCGGGCAGUCUGAAUGGACCGUCCUCUCCGCUUUGAAGUUCUGCAGCCUCAUUUUCUGCCGAGACGUUGCCUUCUUGGUUGAUCUGAUCGCUGGCUUUUUUUGGGCGAGUGAUGGAGACGCGUACAUCGGCCGGCCUGCUGACCUUGCCAUACCCCCUCCACCCGGGGCCCCUGAGCCUGCCCGAGGCCCUGCCCCGCCUCCCCCUGCGAGACCCCUUCAGGGUCUCCCUGCACCUAGACGCUGCCGCGUGCUGCGCCCCGAGGCGGCCCUACCUGCCCCUGCCGCUGGACGGCGCCCUCGAGCCCGCCUUCCUCCGCAGGCGCAACGAGCGCGAGCGGCAGCGGGUGCGCUGCGUGAACGAGGGCUACGCGCGCCUGCGGGACCACCUGCCCCGCGAGCUGGCGGGCAAGCGGCUGAGCAAGGUGGAGACGCUGCGCGCCGCCAUCGGCUACAUCCGGCACCUGCAGGGGCUGCUGGAGCGCCACCCGCGGGGCCAGGAGAGCGCGGCCGGCCCGCCGCGCAGGUCCGAGUGCAACAGCGACGGCGAGUCCAAGGCCUCGUCCGCGCCUUCGCCCUGCAGCGAGCCCGAGGAAGGGGGGUGCUAGCGAGCCCGGAGACACCCCGCCUGGAUCCCCGCCUGGACCCCCGCCUGGACCCCCGCCUGGAUCCCUGCCUGGACCCCGGCGCCCGCCGCACCGCGCGCCUUUGCCGUCUGGUCUAAGGUUCUCUCCAAAGGUGGUUGCGUUUUUAAUCUGGUUUCUCCUCCAAGGAAAAAAAAAAAAAAUUAGAAAAAAUAAAUGAGUGCUUUCAAAGGGAAAAAGAUGUUCUGACAUUCUGGUUGGAUGCCCUCCUCCCCCUUUUAUUGGCUUUGUGCCUCCAGCGUCAAGGUGCUUGCUUAAGGAAGCUUCUGUGCCGGGUUCGGAGCACCUCCUUCUGCAAGCCCAUAGGGCGUUUCCCUCCGUCUUUGGUGUGGGUCAAUCGUGUACGUACAUAUUGCAAUUGAUCCAACCUGAACCAUAGAAGGACUUUCCCAAAAUAAUUAAGUAAGGGACCGUUCUUAAGACGAGAGGGAGGCUUUCCUGUAUUCCCUCCCUUAGGAAUGACCUUGGCGGCCGUGCCUUGCUCGGGCAGAGGUGACUGGGAGCU